UUGUGCUCUCAAACGACGUGUUCUUAAAAUGGUAUUUCAUAUUUCUUUCAGCAGACCCCGUUAAAGUAUUUGAAGAAGUCUAUUAUAUUAGAAGUUUAAAAUUAGAAAAGGCUUGUUGUCAAGGAGAUUUAAAUAAAUAG